UAGCCGCGGCGCGGACCCUGCGGGGAUCGCGGAGGAGGCGGCGGCGCCCGCGGGGCCGGAGCCGCUGGAGCCGGCGGAGGACGAGGACCAGGAGGACGAGGAGGGAGCCGACCGCGGCUCCAUGUUCGCCCCGGGUCCGGAGGAGCCCUGCGCCCCCAGCAAAGAGCCGCGGAAAUAUGGAGAGCUCGUGGUGCUGGGGUACAAUGGUGCACUUCCUAAUGGAGACCGAGGACGUAGGAAAAGCAGGUUUGCUCUUUACAAACGCUCAAAAGCUAAUGGAGUCAAGCCAAGCACUGUUCAUGUAAUAUCAACACCUCAGGCAUCUAAGGUGAUCAGCUGUAAAGGUCAGCAUAGUAUCUCUUACACUUUGUCAAGAAAUCAGACAGUAGUGGUGGAGUACACACAUGAUGAUGAUACUGAUAUGUUUCAGGUGGGAAGAUCAACAGAGAGCCCAAUAGACUUUGUGGUAACGGACACGAUUUCUGGCAGUCAAAACAGUGAUGAAACCCAGAUCACGCAAAGUACCAUAUCCAGGUUUGCCUGUAGGAUUGUCUGUGAUAGGAAUGCACCAUAUACAGCACGGAUUUUUGCAGCAGGAUUUGACUCUUCCAAAAACAUCUUUCUUGGAGAAAAGGCAGCAAAGUGGAAGAAUCCUGAUGGACACAUGGAUGGACUAACAACAAAUGGGGUUCUAGUCAUGCAUCCAAAAGGAGGAUUCACAGAAGAGUCCAAACCAGGAGUAUGGCGUGAAAUUUCAGUUUGUGGAGAUGUAUAUACACUGCGAGAAACAAGAUCAGCUCAGCAAAGGGGAAAACUAGUUGAAAAUGAGACCAACGUCCUACAAGAUGGUUCCCUCAUUGAUCUGUGUGGAGCAACCCUUCUGUGGAGAACGGCUGACGGUCUCUUUCAUACUCCAACCCAAAAGCACAUUGAAGCUCUACGGCAAGAGAUCAAUGCAGCCAGACCACAGUGCCCUGUUGGACUGAACACAUUGGCAUUUCCCAGCAUCAACCAGAAAGAUGUGGUAGAAGAGAAGCAGCCUUGGGCAUACCUCAGCUGUGGUCACGUGCAUGGGUAUCACAACUGGGGACACCGAAGUGAUACUGAAGCCAAUGAGAGGGAGUGCCCAAUGUGCAGAACUGUUGGGCCUUACGUGCCUCUUUGGCUCGGGUGUGAGGCAGGAUUUUAUGUUGAUGCUGGCCCCCCGACUCAUGCUUUUACCCCUUGUGGACAUGUGUGUUCAGAGAAGUCUGCAAAGUACUGGUCCCUGAUUCCACUGCCCCAUGGCACCCAUGCAUUUCAUGCUGCCUGCCCUUUUUGUGCCACGCAGCUGGUUGGGGAACAGAACUUUGUAAAAUUAAUUUUCCAAGGUCCAGUUGACUGAUGCUAUCUACAAUAAUAUCACUUUAACAAGUUACUGUGAAGAUUUUGCCACUAACUGUAGAUUUUACUUUGUUUUGUUUUUUUAUUACUGUUAAAGGGGUUUAGGGGGGAGUGCUAAUAGAGAUUUGAAAAACCAGGGUUACAGUGGUGACAGAUACCUGGAACUUGACAAAUAUCAGUGAUGUCACAUUUGUAACAGCUGCAUAUUCAUCGAAAUUUAUUUGAUAAGUAUAUUUGUUAUAUGUGUCCGUGAUUGAAUUUUAAAAUGUUAUAUUUUAUUUUAAUCUUGAGGGUUUUUUUUAACAGUUUUUUUUCCUUGUAAAAUUUGACAGAUCUCCAAAUAAUAUUUUUUUUCACUAUUAGGCGUUUAACCAAAAGGUUUUUGGGGUUUUUUAAAUUAUUAAUUUGCAACCAUCAGUAUUUAGGAUUAUAGAGUUAGAGCUGUAAGGGACCUUAGAUGCCGUCUACUCCAACUUGCUUACUUCACAGAAGAGAGAACUGAGGCACAAAGUUAAGUGUCUUGCCCAAGUCAUACAGGUAGUUAGCAACAGAGGCAAAGUUUGAACCCAGUGCUUCAAGACUCCAAAAGCCCAUGACACUCUUUCCACAGUACUGUGUUGCUUUGUCUAUAGAUGUUAACUCGAGUUUUUCCUAACCACAAGAACGUUAUCUACAUCAGAGUGACCUGAACCAGAUUAAAAUGUAAUUGGAAAAUAUUUAACAAAAAAAAUUAAAACACAAUAGGAGGUAGAUAAUACAGAUGGUUUUUUAAGUCAUUAUGUGUCCUUCAGGGAUUAUGUAUGGUUUAGUGGCCCCUGCUUCUAUUUGAAACUGAUGAUCUAUGUGAUGUUAUGAAAUGAAAAUGUGACACUAAGCAGUUAACACAAAGAAUUGUUUUGCUAUUGGAAACUUUGUGACCUAUUUUUUAUUGUGUGAAGUUGAGAAAAAAGAUUCAGAUAUUGUAAUGACUUUUUAAAUUUGAUUUUCUGAAUUUAAUUGCUUUAUGCACAUUUGUAGAAUAACUUUUGACAUUAUAAACAAAGAAUUUUCCACAACCUUUUGGUCUGAAUUUUAAAGCCUGUCCCUGCUAUACACCUUGCAUGCCUAGGACUGUUUGAUUAAAAUGUAGCAUCUCUCAGAAUUCAUUAGCUUAGAGUUAUUGCAGGAGGAGAGAUUGUGUGGGUACUAUAAUACCAAAUUUAUGCACAUACUGAAUCAUUUAUUGAGUCUGAAAAGUGAUUACAGAUUACUUAUUUUUUUGUAAGCCCACUUGCAUGUUUUUUGGACUUGGAUGUAUCCAACAUUCUAUGAACGGAGAGCUCACCUCAUACUGUAAUGAAACAGUAGAUUUUGUUUACUCUACUUCACACCAUCUGUCACCUUCUGUUGCAGCUUGAGGAACACUGUAAGUUUUGAAAAUGUUUGCAAAUCAAACUAAAUUUAAAUAUGAUCAUUUGAUAUACACAACACCCAAUGGUGCUUUUACAGAGAUAAUUUGAAAUGUCUGAUUUUAAGACAGCAAAUAAGUGUUUACUGAGGAAUAAUUAAAUUAGAAUUUCUUAUGAGCUCCAACAUCCCAUUCAGUUGGCUUUAUUUAAUUCUGAAUAACAAUUUUAUGAUAACUCUGCUAACAAGUACAGAGACUAUCAGUCUAUCCAGGAUGAAAAUGUUCAUUUGGGAGAAUAUUAAUAGCUAUCUGAAAGGAAAUGAAAAUCUACUGAAUGAACAAUAUUUUAAACUAUAACUUCUAUUAAACUGACCAUUGGAGAUUUUUAUGCUACACAUGAGACCUUUGUAUAGACAUAUAAUUUAUAUAACUUUAAUAUAUUGUGUAUAUAUCUAUAAAUAUAUACUUGAUUGGCCUGUUGAUAUUUUGGCUGUAAAUUGUUUUAUAGUUAAUCUCUAAGCCUAGCAUUUUUAAUUCCCUUUACUCUUGGGUGAUGAGAUGCGUGAGUUUUGUUUGCUGCUGUUUUUAAUAUUCUUCUUAUAUAAAGUGUCAGCUUGUCAAUUUAAAAUAGCUUCACUUUUCCAUACACUUUGUGGUUUGGGGUGGGGAGUUUUAGCUUCAAAACACCACAAACCUCCCAUGGCAUUCUUCUUAGUGAUCCCUUUCUGUACAUCUUGCUCAUCUCUGCCUGAAGACUAAAAACAGAACCAAUUGGAUAUGCCUAAAAUAAUAGUACGAGUGCCUUUUUAUUCUGCAAGAGGUUUUUGUGACCUUGGAUCUGUUUCCAAGUCCUUCCACCAGCAUUGUGGGUCUUUCAGGAUGGGCUCUGUUUUCUCAGCUCUUCACUGUUUCAUGGUUUGGGAAAUGAGGAUUAGCAAUGUACGUCCUUCCACUUACUGCACAGUCUACAGACUAAUUGACUUACUAGUCUUUCAGCCAGAGGGGGCAGAUUUUUCUUUUCUUAGAGAAGUUUGUCCAGAGAACCCUUAAGUUUAUUAAGGUUCACUGUCCCAAGGGCAGUCCUCCAAACUAAAAAGCAUAGCAGAGCCUAGCAAACUCAUGGACUAACCUGAAAAAUCCCCUUACUUUUUUUUUCCAAAGCUUUUCCCGAUAAGUAUUAAAUAUUUGGAGAUUUCAUUCUUGAUGGGUGGGGCCGGGAUGUUAGGUUUACAGAGUCGGGUCACUCUUUGGUCACGUUUUCCUUGUAUCCAGAUGUGCUGCUACCUCUUGCCUUCUCCCUUUUCAGAGCUGCCCUCUACACUUAGAAGCAGAAUGAGGAAGUCCAUUAAAAAGAGAAAUAUUUUUAUGCUGAAGUGUUUUACUCUCAGUGAUAGAAAUGUUUGCCUUUAUAUUUUUGUUUGAUGUUUAAUUUUCUCAUUUUUUUAAAGUAACUUAGUUGGUAAGUGAAAAGAAAUCAUAUUGCCCACUAGCCAAAGAAGAAGAAAAUAAGAUAAAAAAUUGUAUCCAAGAAGCAGCUUGUGUAAAUUCAGAAUGGAAAGAUUUAUUCUGUCUUCACCUACUGUCAGGGAAGGGAUAAUGAUUACUGUCCAAUCCCUCUUCCUGAUAAGUUAUAGAAAGAGUCUCUUAGACACAGCCCUGAUUUAUAUAGUGAUUCCCUCUGAUGAAGAGGAUGGUAUAUACUAUUUCAAAAGGCAGCAAUAAUGUAUUUCAUAGAAAAUAUUCCUUUUCUUCCAGUUGUUUUUUUAUCAGUUUAUGACUGAAAAAAAGAUUGAGUAGAUGAAGUACUACUGCUCUGAGUGUAUUUUUAGAGAUUAUUUUUAUUAAUCUCUGCUUUCCCUGUCAUGUAUACUACACUUCAAUGAGCAAGCAUUUAUUAAGCAACUAUAAUGUGCCAGGCAUUGUGCUGGAUAAAUAAAGAUUUUUUAAAAUGAAACAAUCCUUGUUCUCAAGGAAUUUGGGUAUAACUUUUUUUUAAAAGAGGACUAAAGGCUCCGCUAAGGAGUCAGUAGUAAGCUUUUCAUUUCCUCAAUUGUUCCAAAAUAAUUGAAAGCUUUUAGUUUCCUAGAGUAGUAUGUGUUUAUCAUCACUUAGUUUUAAUUCAUAACUUAAGGUACCACAGUGCCUAUGGGUAACCUCAUAAAAGAGUUGCUUCUUGUAGAAUUUCUUGGGGAAAAGAAAGGAGAAAGCCAUUAAAAAUGCUAGACUCUGUUAAGGGAGACUAAUGAAUUUGGAUGCAAAAAUAGGCCAGCAGUUGGUCAUGAAAAUAAUUACAGCAGGUUUUUAUUUCUGUGUCUUUAGAGAUACAUAACUUCUUGAAGUUACUUUAUACUAUUAUUAGGAAGCCAAGGAAUUGUUUUUUCCCUAAAGCUAAAAGUAUUGGUAAGGGGAAUGUUUAGGGAAUGGCUCUAUGAAUCGGGAUCAGUGAUUUGCUGCUAAAAGUGAAUCACUGGUCUCUUAUUAUACUGUUAUUCCUUCAAAUCCAAGUUAAAGAUGUGAUGUAGCUCUGGGAUCUUUUAAAGGUCUAUACAGAUUCUUGACAUAUGGAAACAAAAGGAAACUUUUUAUCUAAAUUUUAUUUACCAAGACUUAAACUCUCUGAAAUGAGUUUUGUAUGAAGAAGUUAGUAUCUCUAGAGUGUGAGAAGGGAGAAACAAUUUUUUUCCUACUACUAAACAAAAAUUGUUGUGAGUAAAGAUGUCUUUAUCUGAAAGGAAAUGGCAGGAAGCAAAGGGAAUUAAGUGAUGAUGUUUGCCAUAUACAGUAUUACUAACUGUUAAAUUUCUGGAAAUAUUUGUAAAGAAAAUAUCUUUUAUAAACCAUGUCAAGUUGAAAACUUUAUUUCUUCACUGUUGUGUACCUGUGGAAGUACAAGCCAUUUUACAGGGGGGAGAAAAAACAAAAACUUCAGAACUAUUAAACUGUUAUUUCAA